UGUAGAUGGCGCUGCAUUAAACACAGCACUGACAUUUUGCAGCGGUGGUGUGUGCGCCAUGCUGAUCUUGAAAGAAGAGUGAAGAUCAUGUAAGUAAUAAAGUGUUUUAUGAGUAUUGCACAGAUUCAGUUCCAAAUCCAUUUCUGGCUGCAAGAUGUUUUUGACACUGGCGCUUUUUCGGAAAGGGAUCCCAGGAAAGCAGUGGAUCGGGAAACACCGCAGACCACGCGUGGUCACCUGGCAGAUGAAGCGGAAUACAAUAAAGCGCCUGGAGCAGGAAGCAGAGAAUGAAUACUGGAUCAGCCGGCCAUUCAUGACGCUGGAACAAGAGAGGGGUCACGCGGCACAAAGGCGAGAGUGGAUGUGGAAUCAAAUCAAAGAUGCCCGACAAGCCAAGUUCCCCGAACACAAAUACAUUGCAGACCAACUAAACCACCUGAAAAUCACAAAGGCCUGGUCCAGCUAACCAGGGCAUCAAAGACUGGUGGGGCAGAUUUGAAGGGGAGCGGAACAGCUCCUUUUCAAGUGUUUUCAUGGGACUUGAUGUGUUUGAUUUGUGUAUCUGUAUGUUAUAUGGGAUUUGUUUAUAAAUGACCUCUGACUAACA